UCACCUGUAACUGUCCAUCAACAGGAGCACCAGGCUGUAUAAACGACCUGAUUGGCUGAUUCCUUCUGACGUCACUGGACACUAUGCGGCUGUAUGCGGAACGGAACUCGGAAUUCCCGAAGUUCCCAACUUUGGACACAUAAACGCAUCAAAAUCAUUGAAGCAAAGAGAAACUAAGAGAGAAGGAUUCGGCAUUUGCAUUUUAUAAAUACGCUGCUGAGUCAGUCACACUGAAGUGAUGUCAGAUAACAGCAGCAGCAGCAGUGGGUCAUCCAGUAACAGCUGGACCCUCCUCUCUCCUGAGGAAGCUGCCAUUGACACUGCUGGACCAGUAGAUGAUGGAACAGAGAGUAUUGGUGAUGUACCAAGCCUUUCAGAGGAAGUUGCAGGAAGUGCCUUUGAGGUGAAACAGAGUGAUAGUGAAGCUGCACUGGAGACCAUCUUGUCAGAAGAGGGCCACCAGGUUUGCCAAGAAACAUCCCCAGAGUUAUUUGAAGAGGGAGCAGAGUCUGGUCUAAGCAUUGAGGCUGAUUCUGAGAUUUGUGCACCAGUCAUCCAUGCUACGAUAACAACCUCUCCACCAGACAAUGAUCUGCUUGGAGCAGUUCCCUUUAGCUUAGCUACUGAGUCAUCCCUCUUUCUUUCACAGGAACCUUUCCUUGAAACAUCCUAUGAAGAGUCUUUAUCUGAUGUGCAUCCUACCUUUGAUUUCUUAGCCAAACACUGUCCACUCCCUGAAGUUGGAGCUGAAGCAGUACCUGAAUUUGUGGAUAAAAUUAGUCCUGUGUCAGAACCUACAGCUGAAAUUGGUCCUGUGUCAGAACCUACAGCUGAAGUUGGUCCUGUGUCAGAACCUAAUGCUGAAAUUGGUCCUGUGUCAGAACCUACAGCUGAAAUUAGCCCCUCCCCUGUUCUCCCCGAGUCUUCUUUCUCUGAUAAUACUGCAGAUGUAAGCCCUUUAUCUGGUGUUGGUCAUGGCUCUGCAGUCCCUGUGUUAGAUGUCCACACUGGGGUUAGCUCCUGCCCUGAAAUUUUAUCAUCUAGUUUGUCUUCAAAAAUGAAUGUUAGCAUUGCAGCUGAGAGUCCUUACCCAGAAUCCCCUGCUUCCUCUGUCUUGGAAGAGAAAGAGCUUCAAACUGACAGAGAGGAACAUAAAUCCAUACAUGUUGCAAGGGAGGCAGAAUCCCUUGGUGCCGAUUUGCCGAUUGAGCAUCGAGAAGAGGACAGAGGACUACGACAGAGACGUCUACGCUCUCUUGAGGAACUGAGACAGAGCUCAGAUGAGGAAGAUGUGGAGGAAACCGAAUUUAAGCUUCCAGACAGGAAAGAGGAGAAACUUGGCUUUUCGCUGAGCCACCUGAUCAUUGGAGCUCUGGCACUGUUGUGUCUCGGCUCCUUUUUUUUCUCUUGUAUCACAUUUGACCGAGCCGGUGAUGACUUUGAUGGGUCAGAGUUAAGUGACCAGGAAGUUCUUGAAAAACUUGUUGAAGAAAACAAGCAGAUUUCCAUACUGGAGGCCCAGAUACAGAAACAAAAAGAGGAAUUGGACAGGGCGAUGAUGGCAGCUGCAGAGAGAGGAAUCACAGAUGAAGAACACGCUAGGAUGAUGGAAGAGUUGACUGCAUUGCCAAGCCUGAAAGAAGAGUUAGAGGCACUUAAAGCUAGGGUUUCUGAGCUCAGCCAGCUCACAGGUGAGGAACCUUCUCCUGGUUUUGAAGGUCAAAGUCUAGCAGGGCCUGGUAGACAGUGGGGAAAAAAAGAAGAGCUCAAGAGACAGAAGAUUCUCUUGGAACAGAGUAAAACACGGUUGGAAGGAAUGAAAAAACAGGUCUGGCCCAAGACAAGGUUACGAGAAAGACUGGCUGAGAUGCAGCAGAGGUUAUCAGAACAGGUGGACCGCAUAGGCAAGAAAGAUGAGUGGAGGAGGAAGCACAAAGGAGGAGAAAAUAGGAAAAAUGAGUGGGGUGACGGUAUCCAAAAGCACAAAGAGGUCUUAAAGAAGUACCAUGACGAGUGGGCGCAUAAGAAGACUGAGAGGAAGCUAGAGAGGGAAAGGAGGAAGCAAGAGAGGUCUUGGCAAGCCAAGCCUGGCCACAGGUAUAAGCAGGAUCAUAAACUGCCCCAGAACCAUGAAUCUUCAAAAGACUUCUGGAAAGUUCAAGAGAAGAAGCUCAGGAGAAAACAAAAUCCUCCUGAACACUGCCAUGAUGUGUCAGGCUGCACUGAAGAAGAAGGCCUUGUUCAGGUUAAGCUCUCUGAUUUUCAGGGCCUUCUGGAUAUCUACCUGAACAAACUGCAAGGGCUCAGUGUGGAGAAUAAGGAAGCUUUCCAUCAUCUUGUUGCCCAGUUUUUCCAUGGUGAUGUCUUCAGCCAUGACAGAAUGGUCUUCAGUGAGUUUGCAGAAAAUGUGGCUGACAUCCUGGAGGACCUGGCAGAUGUUCUUGUGGAUGAUGAUGUGCUGGAGGAGGAGAUGGAAGAGUUCGAGAGGGAGGCGCUAUGGCAGUUUGCUGCAUAGAGCAUCAAGUCCCAGACGUGCUGAGUCCCCCCCCCCCC